CAUGCACUUCUUCAUCUUCAUUCUUUCAUAUCUUUCCAUCAAUCCCAUUCUUUCUUUAAAUAUUUUCGUACAAAAUAAAAAAAGGAAGCAAAAAGCAUAAACAUGUCCUCUAGAAGAUCAAGAACAAGACAAUCAUCAACGACAUCAAGAAUCAGUGACGACCAAAUCAACGAUCUUGUUUCCAAGCUACAACAACUUCUUCCUGAAAUCCGCAAUAGCCGUUCUGAUAAGGUGUCGGCGUCAAAAGUGCUACAAGAGACAUGUAACUACAUCAGAAGCUUGCAUCGAGAGGUUGACGAUUUAAGUGAACGACUCUCCGAGUUGCUUGAAAAUACUGAUUCGACUCAGGCUUCCAUUAUUAGGAGUUUACUCUCACAAUAACUAAAUCAUAUAAUCAUAUUCGCUACACAAAUAAUUACCAUUUCUUCCUUAAUCCUUUUUUCUUAAUUCUUACAAUGUACGGUGUCGUACUAGGUAACUUCUUGGGUCUUUUUUGUCAUCGUACGUACAUCCGAAGAUGAGUUUUUAGACUUCUUUCAGAUAAAUGGACUUACUUAAUUUGCUUAUUAGUUGAGUAUUAAAAAUAUGUAAUAAAGGGAUUAAUUUUUGGAGGAUUUUCAUACUAGGAGUAGCCAUAUAUAGUUUAUUUUCUUCUAAAUCUAAUACACUUUUUUGGUCGUUUGUAACUUAAAUGUCUGAUCUAAAUGAUUGUGACGUUUGUAAAAUGUAUGAUUGGCGAAAUAAAAAUCUUAUGAUGCAUUCCAAUAUCUUGGACCCCAUCACUCAAACUCUCCAAGAUGGAUUAUAUUCAAGCCUAGUUGUGAUCGAUACAACUAAUGCAAUAAGGAUGGAUAGAUGUGUGUUUUUAAAAUAAAAAAAGCAAAAUAUCAAAAGAUUUACGAUCAGUUAUAUUAAUUUUCAAUUCCUCAUACAUUGAUUGUUUGGUUUGUGUUCAAUCGUGUACUUGGCUCUUGAGGAUCUUGAUGUCGUUGAUUCAUUCUUCACUCAUCAGUACUUCAGUGAACUUGGCACUACCCUAUGUACCAAAAUAUAUUUGUAUUAAUUAAGGACAUUCAUUAGUCAUUUGUAAUAACUCAACGUCAC